ACCAGGCUUGCAGGAGGAGCAGUGACUCUUAGUCCACGGUAGGAGAAAGACUGAAGACAUAACUACUCUUCCUGAAGUAUCCAACCAUGCUGUGGUUUGUGGGGCUUACCUUUGUCCUCUGCAUGGGAGGACACAUUGUCACGGGACAGCGAGAUGGAGAAAUUAUAAGUCAGAUUAAAAUGACUAAUCUGGUCUUGGCUGAGAUUAAAGAGUUGCUGAAACAACAGGUUAGAGAAAUAGUGUUCCUGAAGAACACAGUGAUGGAGUGUGAAGCCUGCGCAAUGGGAGGCGUUCAACCUGAAUCCUCCUGUGAUCCCAACCCCUGCCACCCCGGUGUGAAGUGCAUAGAGUCCGCUGAGGGCCCACAGUGUGGACCCUGUCCUGAUGGCAUGCAGGGAAACGGUACCCACUGCAUGGAUGUGGACGAGUGCACAGUAAAGCCCUGCCACAUGGGUGUCCGUUGUAUUAACACCUCUCCUGGUUUCCGUUGUGGAUCCUGUCCUGCUGGCUUCACAGGACCUCAGGUCCAGGGGGUCGGACUUGCCUACGCGACUGCCAACAAACAGGUGUGCAGAGACAUUGAUGAGUGUGAAGGUCCCAACAAUGGAGGCUGUGUUGAGAACUCUGUCUGUAUGAACACCCCUGGCUCAUUCAGAUGUGGUCCUUGUAAACCUGGCUACAUUGGGGAUCAACGGAAUGGAUGCAAGCCUGAGAGAGCUUGUGGUAAUGGCCAGCCAAAUCCCUGUCAUCCCAGUGCUGAAUGCAUCGUCCACCGAGAGGGUAACAUUGAAUGUCAGUGCGGUGUGGGAUUGGCGGGUAAUGGAUACUUCUGCGGAACAGACACUGACAUUGAUGGCUUCCCAGAUGAGAAGCUGAACUGUCCUGACAUUAAUUGCAACAAGGAUAACUGCCUCACUGUGCCAAACUCUGGCCAAGAGGAUGCUGACAAUGAUGGGAUUGGAGACGCCUGUGAUGAUGACGCAGACGGGGAUGGGAUCCCAAACACACAGGAUAACUGUUGGCUGGUGCCCAAUGUGGACCAGAGAAAUGUUGACGAGGAUGACUUUGGUGACGCUUGCGACAACUGCAGAGCAGUCAAAAACAAUGACCAGAAAGACACAGAUACAGACAAAUAUGGUGAUGAGUGUGAUGAAGAUAUGGAUGGAGAUGGAAUCCCAAAUCACCUGGACAACUGCAAAAGGGUUCCCAAUGUUGACCAGAAAGACAGAGAUGGAGACAAAGUGGGAGACGCGUGUGACAGCUGUCCUUACGUUCCCAAUCCUGAUCAGAUGGAUGCAGACAAUGACUUGAUUGGAGACCCUUGUGACACCAACAAGGACAGUGAUGGUGAUGGACAUCAAGAUUCCCGGGACAACUGUCCAGCCGUCAUCAACAGCUCUCAGUUGGACACCGACAAAGAUGGGAAGGGAGACGAGUGUGACGAUGACGAUGAUGGUGAUGGGAUCCCUGAUCUGCUGCCGCCUGGUCCUGACAACUGUCGUCUGGUUCCAAACCCUCUUCAGGAAGACCUUGAUGGUGAGAAAGAAUUUUCAACGAUUUACAAGCAUUUCACUAUCAACAUCGUGGAGGAGCUACU